AUGUCCCCCAGAAACAAUGUUUCAUUCAAUAAUGUCCCAAUUUUUGAAACUCAUUCAAAAACACCCCCUCUAAAACCUCCCUAUUGCCCGCGUAUUGCCCCUAUUUCACUUUGUGUUUUUUGUCGUUGUGAUCUGAGCUCUCUCAAAUCAUCUUCUCUCUGGUCUUCUUCUCUUCUUCUUCCUUCUGCAAAACAUCAGAGAAAUCCACAUCAACCACCGACCUCAUCUCGCCUAAUUCCCCUCUCUCCUCUCUCCUCUUUCUGCAUCUUGUGCGUUUCAUUGGUCUCUCGCUCUCACCCACAUCGGCGACGGCAACUGUCACCUCCUCAGAAACCCUAACCCACAUCAGCGACGAUGACCUCACCCUCUCUCUUUCUGCCGCCGUUCUCCACCUCCAUCUAUCACUCUCCAUCACCUCUUUCGACCGCCGUUCUUCCCUUCCGGUUCAACAAAUUUCUCAAUUUUCCUCAACUUUCCUGAAAUCCAUACACCAGAGAUGGCGUCUCAGGAAUUUUUGAUUUAAUAUAAAGGAACAUUCGGGCCACUUGAAAGCGUUCUGCACCUUCAAGAAUCUAUUAUGUCUUCAAGGUUGGUAUGUCAUGCCAAGGCUGUGUUGGUGCUGUGAAAAGGGUUCUUGGAAAACUUGAAGGCGUAGAAUCAUAUGACAUUGAUUUUGAUGCACAGAAAGUGACGGUGAAAAGCAAUUUACCACCCGAGACAGUCCUUCAAACCGUUUCCAAAACUGGCAAGAAGACUGCCUAUUGGGAAGCAGAAGCACCAACAAAGCCUGAAGCAAAGCCUGUGGCUGCUGCGUAGUCUUGGCCUAUUUAAUGUGGACGUAGUCCUUUAAUAUGUCUUGAGUUUAUGAAAUUGGUAUGGUGUCCUGUAAACAAUCAAGUACUCGUUCAACUUUUCCUCUACCUUCUGAAAAAGAUAAAUAAAUAGUAUAGCCGAGCGGCUAUACACAGGACCCCUUUCAAUUUCUUUUUUGAAAAAUAAAUAGUAUAGCCGCGCGGCUAUACAGGGGUCAGUUAUUUACUUUCUUAAAUAAAUUGUAUAGCCGGGCGGUUAUACUCUUUAAAUAUAA